AUUCUUAGAGCUCACAGCUUGAGUGGGACUCAGGUCCUGGAAGGGAAGUUAAGAUGGACCACAGCUCCUUCCUACCUCUCACACCAACCAGUCUGUCAUCCUAGAGGGCAGGAUGGCCCAGGAGCUCAGCGAGAAGGACCUGCUGCGGAUGGAGGUGGAGCAGCUGCAGAAGGAAGUGAAGAACUCCAGGGCCCCGAUUUCCCAGACCGGAAAGGAAAUCAAGGAUUAUGUGGAGGCCCAAGCAGGAAACGACCCUCUUCUCAAAGGCAUCCCUGAGGACAAGAACCCCUUUAGGGAGAAAGGCACCUGCAUGAUAAGCUGAUGGCUCUGGUGCCCUCACCCCGAUUGUCUGUCCCUCCUCAGCCAGGACCAAGUGUCCUUGUACACCCAGGGAGCCAGCGAACUUUCACCUUCUGUUUGUCACAGAAUGAGUAAAGAUUCCUGAAUGACGGCGGCAUUGUGCAUCCAUUCCCCAAUCCCACCUUCCUCUCUUUUCUCCCGUUAUCUCCUCCCUCUCUGGGUCCCUGCUUCCCCGGCUGGGAACACUCCAAGGAGAGCUCCGGCUGGCCGAGCAGCUGGCACUCUGGACGGCAGGGAGAGCUGUCUUUAGGAAGCACUUACUCCUCCAUCUUUGCCCUCCACUGUCUUCCCAGGAAAAGGGCAUUUCCCCAUUACAGUAAUUUGGACUGGGGGCCCAGGGUCAAGAUCCCCCAUCUCAGGUCCUAUCCUGUGGCCCUCUUCCUAGCCAUUUAGAUCCCCCCAGAUGACCCUAUGACAAAAAGUUUGUGAAGUUAUGAUUUCAUGAUUUAUUUAAUAUUGUUGAGUGUCUGCUGUGUGCCGGGCACCGGGAGGGAAGAGUGGGUAGGACCAACACGGCUCCUGUUUUCACGUAAGUUUGCAGAGAAGUCAAGAAACAAUUUACAAUGAAGUCUAUAAAAGCUGCCACGGGCAGAGUCAAGGGCGGUGUGGGAACGCACAGCAGACAGACGCAAGGGCGGUGAGCGAGCGUCGAUGCAGGGCAGGUCAAGGUGGAUGUGAGUGGACGGAGCACAAAACGGGGGCUAGUGAAACACAGGGCUGGAGAGGGGGGUCGGGCCGAGUCUUGAAGGACCUUUCUGUGAGCUCAGUCAGAAACUUGCUCCCUCAUCCUAAGGGCAAGAGGAGGCCUAGGAAGGUGUCUGAGCAGCCGAGGGACAGGCUUCGCUUAGCAGAAGGGGGACUGGAGCCUGCUAAGGGCUGGGGAGACUGUGGUGGGCAAGACGGGUUCCUAGGCCUUGUCAGCAAGGAGAGGACUGUCUCAAGGAACCACAGACUAACCCACAUUCUUUUUUUUAGAGACAGAGUCUCAUUGUGGCGUCAACCUA